GCAGCUUCCGGCUUCCGGCCGGGCCCGCGGUCGUCGCGCGCAGCCGUCAUGGCGGCGGAGGAGAAGGACCCUCUGAGCUACUUCGCGGCUUACGGCAGCAGCAGCUCCGGCUCCUCGGGCGAGGAGGAUAACAGCGAGCCGGAGGAAGCAAGCCGCAGGGCCCCAGGUCCUGCGAAGUCGGCGGGCGGCUGCGGGAGCGAGGCGGAGAAGCGGCUGCCGGGCCCCGACGAACUGUUCCGGAGCGUGACCCGCCCGGCCUUUCUCUACAAUCCGCUCAACAAGCAGAUAGACUGGGAGCGGCACGUCGUCAAGGCGCCCGAGGAGCCUCCCAAGGAGUUCAAAAUCUGGAAGUCAAACUAUGUACCACCUCCAGAGACCUACACUACUGAGAAGAGACCUCCCCCGCCAGAGCUGGAUAUGGCAAUAAAAUGGUCCAACAUCUAUGAGGACAAUGGCGAUGAUGCCCCACAGAACGCUAAGAAGGCGAGGCUUCUGCCCGAAGGGGAGGAGACCGUGGAAUCAGAUGAUGAAAAAGAUGAGCAUACUUCUAAAAAGCGCAAAGUAGAACCAGGAGAACCAACAAAGAAGAAAAAGUAGAAAACAACAAUGACAAGAAUUUCUGGACUGCAAAACUUGUUGAAACGGUUUUUUUGGGCAAAUUAAGUUGACAUUUUAAAUUAUUAUGAAACAACAUCUCCAUGAAAGAACAUGUUAAUUAAUAAUAAGUAUUGCUGUGGGAACUGUCCACUGUAGAAUUCAUUUUUUUAUUUAAAACUUUAUUUAAAACUCAAGUGGUGAUUUGUGAUUGUGAAAUUGACAACACAUGGAAGCAUUCUGGCUAUCACAGAAUUGGUGACAUGCUUUGAGUUUUGUCACAUGUCGACAUGCCAAUGUUCUAUGAACCUUUUAUAAAGGAAUAUAUUUUUAAAGUAAAUAUAUUGUAAUGUACUGUGAACUUGUAGGGUGCUUUUCAACAGUGUUUGUACAGUGUAAAUAGAUCAUGGAAAUAAAAUUACUUAUUCAAUAUUACUAUUAUUGCAUAGCAUUAACAUUUGAUUAUUUGUCUGUGACAGGUACCCUCUUUGCCAUGUGAUGUUUUAAUAGUAGGUUUGACCAUCUAGGGAGUGCCUCCUUUGUUCAGGUGCUUUGUGUGGAUACUUUUCUCUGAUCCUCAAACAACCAGAUAAAGCAGGUAUUAGUGGCUUCAUUUUUUAAUAAAGAGAGAUUAACUUAUCCAAGAUUCCACAACAAGUGAGCAAUGAUUUUUGGGAUUUAAUUCAGGACACUUGAACUCCAAAAUCAUCACCCUAACCCACCUACCCAGCAAGAAGAAUUUCAUUGCCUUCUUGGGACUACAGUUGUCAUGUCUUCAGGUGCUCUUUCUGGUUAGGGAGAUCUCCUUCCCUGAUUGUAUUCCUGCACUUUAUUGAGUAAGCCUUAUGUGAUGGUUAUUCAUUAAUUUCCCUGGUUAAUAGUUUUCUGAAGAUAAAGAUUCUCUAUAAAGAAUUGCCAGAUGUAGCAAAUAAAAAUACAGGAGACACCCAGUUAAAUUUGAAUUUUAGAUAAACAACAAUGUUUUGAAUGGGCAAUAUUUGGGACAUACUUACACUAAAAAUUUGUUUAUCUGAGACUCCGAUUUAACCAAGCAUCUUGUGUUUUAUCUGACAACACUACUUCUAUUGUUUUUUCUAUAUGUCUCCUAUUUGAAUGCUUCGCAUAGAGUGAUAAUCAAAAUCAGCAAGGGAUAGGAAAUUGAUAAUCUUACUUCUACAGUCCUGGAUCAGUGCAGUUACUUAUAGCAUUUUGAACUAUGAAAAGGAGAGGCUAUGUGUUGUAUCAAUCCUUCCAUGAAUCUUCAUGCGUUUAUUUUAUUUAUUUAUUUUUUAAGAUUUUUUUUUUUGAGAGACACGGAGAGAGGGAGAGAGACAGAGACAGGCAGAGGGAGAAGCAGGCUCCAUAUGGGACUUGAUCGCAGGACUCCAGGAUCACACUCUGGGCUGAAAGCAGGCUCUAAACUGCUGAGCCACCCAGGCAUCCCUCUUCAUGCCUUUAAGAGACCAGAGUUAUUACAGGACCCUGCACAUUUAGUGUAUAAGAAAAAUUAAAGACAUUGGUCUUUAAGUUUUUUAAAAAAUCCUCAAUCCAGUUGUUUUUCUUCAAUACUGGAAAAACCGUAUUUGAAAAACUACAAAUUUUUUUAAAUUGGGAACAUGGAUCAAGUAGAUUAAAAUUUGUAGAAGUCAUUAAAAGUGAUGGUGCUAGCCAUGGUGUUUUGUGAAAUGAGGAAGGAAUGUAACAGUAUGAUAGCUUCCAGUACAUCUCAAACUUACAAAAACUAUUUAUCUUCUAGCUUUAUAGUUGUAUGAUUCCCAGAAUGGAAGCAAUUGGUAGGGCAAGAAACUUCUUGUUUAAAGCCUUUGUAUAUGAAUAAUUUGGAGGGCUAUGGUAUCAUAUUAGGGAGUGGCAUCAAGUGAUUAGUCAUGACUCCAGUGUGACACCAAACUAAACAAAUGGAAUUAUAAUUGUGAGUCUGUGAUUCCCAAGUCUAGAGAAAUCUAUUAUCUGGAUACAUGUAUUAGUGGAGCAGAUAUCUCAAGAAAUUACAGGAUUUAAAAAUUAGCAUGAAGGCAGACCUCACACCAAAGCCAAACAAAACCCAGCAAGCUACUUACUGUCUGGAUAUCUAGCCUCUUUUUACCACCCAUUGGUUCAACUUCCAACUUGUGACGGAACAAAACCUUACUAGAUCAGUCCCUACUGAUGCUUUCAGCCCCCCUUCUAGAAUGUAACACAAUGGAGUAGGUGGGGAGGAAUAAAUACCACUUUUUUGGAAGGGGAUUUGGUAUUUCAGGGCAGGUAGUGGCUACACUUGUGAGCUCAUUAAGCACCUGCUGGGAGAUGUACACCUAUGUGAAUAGUGUGAUUUAGGAUGGGGGAGAUACACUUUAGGAAGAAGGAAGCUAAAUACUUUGGAGUGAUCUGAUUUUGCCAUUUGUAUCUCAUUGGGUUUCUUUUCAAAAUAUGGCCAAAAAGCAGAAGGGGAAAGAGGACUCUAUCUGUAUUGUUUCUUUUUUAGAGAAUCCAGUCACUUGAUAAAGUUGAUUGUUUCCUCAUCUUUAAGGAAAUUAAGCCAUACCAGGCAUAAAUGACUUUCUUUUGUGCAAGGAUAAAGUUUGAGAAGAACUAAGCAUUUGUGGGCCAUAUUUUAAAUUCAAAGUGUUAAUAGCAUUAUGGAGUUUUGUGGAAAACGUUGUAGCUGGAAUCAACAUUACUGAGAAAAUCGACACUGAUUUUUAGCCAUUAAAAUACUAAUAUUUGCAAACUUACAACUUUCUUGUCUAAAUCCUUAAUGCUGUGUAGUGCUUUUGAAUUCACAAAGUUCAAUCACAGUAUUCUAGUUUCCAAAAACCUAAUGAGGUAGGCUUUAUCAUUACCAAAUUAGAGAAAUGAGAAACCGGUCCAGCCAAAGGCAAUAUACCCACAAAUACAAGAGUUAGCUUCAGAGCUCAGGUUAGAAUCUGUAAUCUCAUUCUAUAUAAAAUUUAUGGAGUACUUCUGGUACAAAGCACUGUGUUAGGAACAAAGGACCCAUUUUUAUUUUAGCAAAAUCACAUUGGUAGCCAUAAGGGGAAAGGACAUGUAGGGACUGAGACCAGUUGCAGUAGUUCGGUAGAGCAGUAUCUGCGUGAGCGAAGGCAUUGGCGAAGAGGUGGGUAUGAGAAACUGAUAGUCCUUGUUAGUUGGAUAUAGUGGCUGAGAGUGAGGUUUCCUUUUAUUGCAAACUAUAUAUUUAUAUAUAUAUAUAUAUAUAAUUAAAAUGUCAAUGGGCUAUAAUCCAGGUUUGGACAUGACCUGCACAUAAAACAUGUUGCCAUACCAUUUAGACACAAAGCCCUAUUAGAGAUAUUUAAAAGUAUCUCCAGCUAUCUGAAUGAAAAGUCAAAAUUUUGACUAAUUGAAACCACAGCUGGACUUAGGUGUCACUGGUGGUAUUUUGGGUUUUAGCCUUUUGUGUCCAUACUGAACUGCUUCCCUACUUAGUACAGAAGUUCCAGACAUUCUUACCAAAAAAGUGUUAAAUUCCCAGCAAGAGGUUUGGACUUUUCAUUAUAUUCUAAAGCUUUCUCUCUUCUCAUUACAUAGUUUUCCCAAUUUGAAGCAUUGCUUUGCAUUGUAAAAAAAAAAAAAAAAA